CAUAAUCCAAGAGCUGCUAGACUAAGAUCCCAGAUCCAACAGUAAGGAAAUAAAAUAAUUGAAAUGAUUCACAGUGGAUUCUGUUUUAGAUCUGUAUCAUCUUCUUCUUCUUCUUCAUAUUGUUUUACACCCACGGCUGACACGCAGAUCAACAAUUGCAUAUAAAACGACGCUGUUUUAUUGGCCCAGAGACCGCCAAAACACUAAAGUUAUAAGCCAUCUUCAGGAAGCAAAUCACUCCACGAUUCCAGAAAAUCAGUAAAAUCUAUCUCCAUCUCGAGAUCUCUCUCAAAGACUCCAUUAACCAACCUUACCAAAUUUCCACCACCAGCAAGAGCAAGAAACCCAAGAAAUACAAGACUAGACUCUGGCAAAAUUCCAUGGGAACUGAAUUCAAGAACUCUGCCUCUGAUAUUCCUCUGCUUGAAUCUUCUUCAUCUACAGGAACCGCCUCUACAAUCCAAACGCUUGGAAAUAUCAUUGUCUCCAUUGUUGGUACGGGCAUUUUAGGCCUCCCUUUCGCUUUUCGAGUUGCUGGUUGGUUUGCUGGCUCGCUUGGUAUUGUUAUCGCUGGAAUUUCUACCUAUUAUUGCAUGCUUCUUCUGGUUCAAUGCAGAGACAAACAGGCAUCCCAAGAAUUAACAGCAGAAACAAGAACUUAUGGUGACUUGGGUUACAAAUGCUUGGGCAAUACAGGCCGCUUCCUGUCAGAAUUUCUCAUUUUCAUAUCCCAGUGUGGAGGAUCAGUGGCAUAUCUAGUCUUUAUUGGCCAAAACCUCUCGUCCAUAUUCAAAUUCUCAGGCGUCCCUUUAUCAUCCUUCAUAUUCUUGCUAGUCCCUAUUGAAAUUGCACUUUCUUGGAUUGGUUCUUUAUCUUCUUUAGCGCCUUUUAGCAUUUUUGCAGAUGUAUGCAAUGUUUUAGCGAUGGCAAUAGUGGUUAAAGAGGAUGUAGGAAAGAUGUUGAGUGGUGAAUUUAAGUUCAGUGAUAGAACUGCAAUCACAUCUAAUAUAGGAGGAUUGCCAUUUGCUGGAGGAAUGGCAGUUUUUUGUUUUGAAGGGUUCGGUAUGACUCUGGCUUUGGAGGCAUCAAUGAGAGAGAGGUGCAGAUUCCCCGGCUUAUUAGCCAAGGCAUUCACUGGGAUUACUAUUGUGUAUAUGUUUUUCGGUUUUUCUGGUUAUAUGGCUUAUGGUGAUCAAACUAGAGACAUUAUAACUCUCAAUUUGCCCCACAAUUGGUCUUCCAUUACUGUUCAGAUUGGAUUGUGCUUGGGACUAGUGUUCACAUUUCCCAUUAUGGUACACCCAGUUCAUGAAAUUGUGGAAGGAAAGCUAGAAAAAAGCGAAUGGUAUCAAAAGCUCUACUAUGAUGAUUGUGGGAAUUCAACAAUAAUCGGAAAAUUUGGACGAUACUUGAGUCGUUCAAUUCUGAUAAUCAUUUUGGCAUUCUUGGCAUCAUUUGUUCCUGGGUUUGGUGUAUUUGCUUCGCUUGUCGGAAGCACUGUAUGUGCACUGAUCUCGUUUGUUCUACCAGCCACAUUUCACCUGAUAUUACUAGGUCAGUCUUUGCCUUUCUGGCAGAGAGCCUUAGACUAUUUCUUUUUGAUAGGUGGGUUGCUAUUUGCUGGAUAUGGUACUUACAACACCAUUGUUGGUGUUUGAAGCAAUAUUUUGGCUUUGAAUUCAGUUUAGUUCCGAGGAAUCUAUGUUUCUGCACUGCAAGCCGUAGCUGCGUGAAAGAGAGAGACUUUCUGGAAGAGGUUCAUUCUUAGAAUUUGGAAGAGGAAAUUGUAUAUUUGGAUGCUGAAAAUGUAUCAGCAAAGCCUUAUAUUUUCAUAGUGGUUGUAAGUCUUUAUCCAAAUAAAGUGAUGUUUAGUUCUG